AUGCGCUGCUGUCUUGGAGCCAUAAUGAGAACUGAUGUGACCAGAACACUCACAACGCCUUCUGCAUCGUGCUCGUAUAAACUCCUUGUGAGAUCUAGCAGAUCUUCAAAAUCCAGGUGA